CCAAGGCAUGUUCUUUACUUUUUGUUUUGCGUGUUCAUGUUUUUCACAGCACACUUUUUCAUCACCCAGAAAAGAAAACAUCGGAGGAUACGAAUGCAGAUUCGAUAAAAGAGCUACGAGUACCCAACAUCAUUCACAACAUCGAAACCAUGCACAUCACCAACAAAAAAUUCCUUUUCAAACUUCUGGUUGCACUUGCGUUUUUCCAAGCGGCCGACGCGUUUUCGUUCCAGCAGAGACUCCCUGUUUCGACAACGAAACUCCAAGCAACCGCUGAAAACGGGGAGGCUCCAGCACCAGCAGUAUCGGCAUCGGCACUCAAAAAACCUCCAACGCAAUUCCAACAUGUCCCAGAAAAUACAAGUCAUAGCAGCGGUGGAAAUUUAAAGGACGACGAACCCUUGGUUCUUACGAGGAGAAAAGCUGUGACAAGCGGCUUGUCGUUGCUUACUGCGGCCACCGGCUUGCCCCUCCUCGGUGCCAACGCAGCCUCCGACACCGAAGAAAUCGUACGACAGGAACAACCCUUCCGAGUUCUCUUUGUUGUCCAGAUCGAUCCGAGCAAGCCCAAUGAACUCUCCGAGAUCGAGAUCGAGGUCCGGCCCGACUGGGCCCCCCUCGCGGCCGCUCGAUUCCGGAAGCUCGUCGAGCUUGGCUUUUACACGGACUGCCGGUUCUUUCGGGUCCUCCCUGGCUACGUCGCCCAGUUCGGGAUCGCCUCCGAUCCUGCACUAAACAAGAAGUGGUUGUACUGCGGUGCCAGCGACGAGGAGGGCCGACAACAGUGCCAGAAGCCCAUCCCCGACGAACCCCGCUUGCAACCCAACAAGAGGGGGACGCUCUCCUUUGCAUCGUCGGGGAAGAACUCGAGGACGACGCAGAUCUUUGUCAACCUGGUCAACAAUGACGGGCCACCAAACUUUCUGGAUCCGCAGGGCUUUGUUCCCUUUGCACAGAUCGUCCGGGGGAUGGACGGCGCCACCAACGUGCCGAAACAACUCAACUCGGAAUACGGCGGGAAGGUCAACCAGGGAAAGGCGGCCUUCUACGGGGCGGAAUACUUCCAGGCCGUCUUUCCGAGACUGUCGGUCAUAAAGACAGCCACCGUUUUGUAGCGUGGUCGCUCGAUCUUUUAAAAAGCGAAGAAAUGAAUGCCUGCGCAAAAC